AAGAAUAGCGCUUACCCUUUCCAAACUGCGACCUUCGACCACAUCAAUAUGGACGUCCCCCUAACAGCAUACGGGGUGAAGAUCGUCGGUCAUCGCUGAAAACGUGUACUUAGCGUGUCAUUCCACCGCAGUCUAUCUCGUUCGCUAGACAUGUUGCAACGAGUCAAUCAGCACCACUGCCGUCUCCGUCACCGUCGGCAUAAACAUUUGAGGAUCAUUACAGCCAUAAAUAUGCUAACUACGUUGUUAACCGUUAUCUUUUUGUCUGUUCCAUCACGAGGCCAGCCAUUUUUUAGCGAUUUUAACGUUCAAAAAGAUGGGUAUUCUAGUAACUUGCCAUCCAGGGCUGCAGUUGAACGAAUACCAGACUUUUUUGAUAGGUAUAAAGCUCAUAGUCCUAUAAGAGAUGCCGUAGAAAAGUUACCGUCAAAGUUUAGCACUUCGGGGGUCGCGAGAUAUCGAUCAUCAUCUGAAGGUGAUAAUGUUAUAUGUCACGUAGAUGUUACACAAUACUUCAUGAAUAAAAUUCCUCAAAAGUUAGAACGCAUAAUCCUAUCGUCCUGUACACAUAUAUUGUAUAGUUCUGAAAGUAUAAAUUUCGAUAAUAUAGCAAACCAUCGUUUUAGCAGUCAGUCUAAUGGUACACUAGCAUCAGUAUUGCGCUUAAAAAAAAAAAAUCCUUCGAUACGUGUUUUGUUAUACGUCAAUGAUAUUACACCAGAGAGUAUAUCGGUGGCCCGAAGAGAUUUCAUUAUUUCUGCAAACGAUAUGUUGAAGACAAAUGGUUUCGAUGGUAUAGUUUUAACUGAAGUUCUACCGAGAUCAACGAAUGAACUAUUUAUCGACCAUUCAGCAAAAGAAGAAUUUCCAUUAUUAGUAGAAGAGUUGGCAAGUGUUCUAAAAACUAAAGGAUACUUGUUGGGUCUAGUUGUUGGACCUUACGAUCAUAUUGUGAAUAAUUACGAUACUGCAAGAAUAAUUCCCAACAUAGAUUUAUUUAUACUAAAAAGUUUUGAUUUCCGUAAAGAUGGCGAUGAAAUAAUUAGCCACCAUUCGCCAUUAUACAGUUCGGUUGAAAUAGAUCCGUCUUCGAAGUAUCGCAAUGUUGAUCACAUGGUAAAGUACUGGUUGCACAAAGGUGUUGCGCCUAACCAAUUGAUAGUUGGUAUAGCUUUUUUUGGGAGAAGUUUCACAUUAGCUGAUCCUAAAAACUAUCAACCUGGAUCUCGUUCCAUAGGUAACGGUUAUGCUGGUCAAUGGACUAGAACUCCAGGAUUUUUAUCUUUUUAUGAAAUAUGUGAGCGUAUGAAACGAGACGAUUGGGAACAAUAUUCAGAUAUUAUGGGAUCACCAUUUCUUGUAAGAGAUGACCAAUGGAUCAGUUAUGAAAACUCUAAUAGUUUGAUUAGAAAAUUAGGAUAUGUAGAAAAACAGGGUCUAAGAGGUGUCAUGUUAUGGUCAAUAGAUUCAGAUGAUUUUAAUGGGGUUUGUGGAUCAACAUGGCCACUUAUAAAAACAAUAUCAAAUUUUAAAAAUGAAGGAUUAGAUGAUCAUGAAACAGAGCUACGCGAAGCGCCAAACGACAUCUCGAAAAAAAAAGUUGUUUGUUACUAUGCUAGUUGGUCAUGGUAUCGAUAUUCAGAUGGAAAGUUUAGCCCGGAGUAUAUCAAGAAAGAUCUUUGCACGCAUGUAAUUUAUGCAUUUGCUUCAUUGGAACCAAAUGACUUAAUAAUGGUAGCUGGUGACGAGUGGGAAGAUAUUGAAAACAAAAUAUAUCAACGAUUUAUUUCAAGAGUAAAAUCGGAAAACACCAAAAUUAUGGUAUCUUUAGGAGGAUGGACUGACUCAUAUGGUGAUAAGUAUUCAAAACUUGUGAGCAGUGGGAUAGCUAGAAGAAAAUUUGUAAACUCCGCCGUAGCUUAUCUGAGAAAGUAUGGAUUUGAUGGUCUUCAUCUAGACUGGAAUUAUCCGGUUUGUUGGCAAGCUGAUUGUUCUUUAGGUCCACUUACAGAUAAAAUAAAUUUCGUCAAGUUAAUACAAGAUUUAAAAACAGAAUUAAAGAAACAAAAUCCACCAUUAGAGUUGUCCUCAUCAAUAUCUGGUUAUGAUGAAAUUAUCAAAGAAGCUUAUGAUUUUCCUAUUUUGAGUCAACAUUUGGACUUCAUGACAAUAAUGACAUAUGAUUUUCAUGGUUCAUGGGAAAAUAUAACAGGUCAUGUAAGUCCAGGUUACUACAAAAAAGGAGAUGAAUUUCCUAAAUAUAAUAUGGAUUCGGCUGUUAAGUUAAUCCAAAGAUUAGGUGCAGAUCCAAACAAGAUUGUUGUUGGUUUACCUCUUUAUGGACAGUCAUAUACUCUGGCUUCAAACUCUGAACAUGGGCUUGGAGACCCAAUUAAAGGAGCAGGUAUUCCAGGAGAAUAUACUCAACAACCAGGAAUGUUAGCAUAUUAUGAAAUAUGUAAUAGAGUUAACAAUGAAAAUUGGGAAGUUUCAAGAGACAAAAAAAGUGGAUUGGAUCCAUAUGCUUAUCAUGGAAAUCAAUGGGUUAGUUAUGAAGACGAAAUAUCUAUAAGAAUAAAAUCUGAAUAUAUUUUGAAAGAAAAUCUUGGAGGUGCUAUGGUUUGGACUAUUGACCUAGACGACUUUAAUAACAGAUGCUGCAAAGGAGCUUACCCCCUUUUAACAAAAGUUAAUGAAGUUUUUAAUAGAAUUUCAAUAAAAAACUCAAAUGUCAGUUGUAACAAACCUAACUAUCCAGUUACACCUGCAAAUCCAGUUCUCAUUACUACUGAAGAAGGCGAAGGAGGAUGGGAAUAUCAAGUUUCAACGACUUCAACAACUUUUUCGCCGCCAUCAACAGAAUAUAUUAGUAAACCAUCAUAUCAAACAACAACUACGCCAGAACCUGAAGUUUCAACUCCGUCCUUUUUAGUUAAUCAGACAACAGAAAAUCAACAAUUACUAAUACAAUCAACUAAUAGACCUCCAGCGAGACCUUGGUGGUCUGAGUAUCCUACAACUAGGCCUGGACAACAAGGGCAACAACAAAAUCCAAGAACAUGUGUAGAAGGAUCAUUUAAACCAUCGAGGGAGAGCUGCCAAAAUUAUUUUAAAUGUAAAAAUGGAAAAUAUAGACGACAUUCUUGUAAACAAGGACUUCUAUGGAAUAGAUAUACUAACAAGUGUGAUCUAUCUGAAAUUGUAAAUUGUAACAACUCUGGCAAACCCAUUGUUGAUGAUUUAUUAACAAUGCCAGAAAAAUCAACUUCUACAUCAACUAAUGUUUAUAGACCACCUACAAUACCAACAACUGAAAAUAGUAAAGUAUGUAUAGAAGGCGAAAAAGUAGCUAUAAUCGAUGACUGCACAUCUUACUAUUUAUGUUCAUAUGGUAUCUAUAUAAAACAAAAUUGUGCUCCGGGUUUGGCGUGGAAUGACCAAGUAAAACUAUGUGAUUGGAAAGAAAAUGUAUACUGCGACAAUAAACGUUCUGAAAAUAGACUUUUACAAAGAUACAGUAUAAAUAAUCCAAAUAAUAUAGACAUGAUAUCAUUUCAAAAGUUACCCAAUCAAAUAUUUGUUAUAAAAUCAUCGAAUUACAUUGAAUGUCAAGAUGGUCAAUUCUCUCCUCAUCCAGGAGAUUGUAACAAAUACUUACAAUGUUUAUGGGGAAAAUAUAAUACGAACUCUUGCCCAACUGGACUUUACUGGAACGCUAGACUCAAUGUAUGCGAUUGGCCUUAUAACUCUGGAUGUUCUAUAACACAACAAAUCAGUAAUUAUCCGACUAAUGUACCACUGUAUCCUUAUGAAAUACAAACAAUUCGGCCUACUUCAAAACCAAUAUCAAGACCCACAAUUUCAACCUCCAGUACUUCUAUUCAAAAUUGGUGGCAGCCUUCUACUACCAAUAUAAUACAUACUGAAGACCCAUGGGCUUGGAAGCCUGAAUUAACGACUGAAAAUCCAGGUUGGUGGAAACCUGAACCAUCAACUACUCAACGUCCAUUUGAAUGGCAACCUGAAUUGACGACUGAAAACCCAGGUUGGUGGAAACCUGAAACAUCAACUACUCAACAUCCAUUUGAAUGGCAACCAGAAACCACCGAAAAACCAUUUGAAUGGAAGCCAGCCACUACUACAGAAAAUCCAUGGGAAUGGAAGCCAACUACAACUACAGCAGCUACUCUGCCGACAAAAAAACCUGAUUAUCAAUUAACAGAAAAAUAUAAAGUUGUAUGUUAUUUUACUAAUUGGGCAUGGUAUCGACCUUCUCCUGGAAAAUUUUUCCCCGAAGAUACUGAUCCAAAUUUAUGCACACACGUUAUUUAUGGAUUUGCUACAUUAGAUUACACUGAACUUACCAUAAGAGUAUAUGAUUCGUGGGCAGAUAUCGAUAAUGCUUUUUAUGAGCGCCUGGUAGCUUUGAAAAAACGUGGUGUUAAGGUUUCAAUUGGUCUAGGAGGUUGGAACGACUCAGCUGGAGAUAAAUAUAGUCGUAUGGUAAACAGUCGAGCAAGUCGUAAAAAGUUUAUUAGCAGUAUACUAAAUUUCAUACAAAAAUAUGGAUUCCAAGGUUUAGAUCUCGAUUGGGAAUAUCCAAAAUGUUGGCAGACAAAUUGCAACCAAGGACCUGAUUCAGAUAAACAAGCAUUUUCAAAUUUAGUAAUAGAACUCAGACAAGCUUUUAAACCGUUUGGCUACCUGUUAUCGGCUGCUGUUUCACCUAGUAAAACUGUUAUUAAUGCAGGGUAUGAUGUUCCUAGUUUGAGCCAGUAUUUGGAUUGGAUUGGUGUUAUGGCAUAUGAUUACCAUGGUCAAUGGGAUAAGAAAACUGGACAUAUUGCACCAAUUUAUUAUCAUCCUAAUGAUGAUAUAAGUUAUUUUAAUAUUAAUUAUACAAUUAACUACUGGAUUUCGAAAGGAGCCAAUAGUAGAAAAAUUGUCUUAGGUGUACCAUUAUACGGUCAAUCGUUUACCCUUUCCGAUCCUAAUAAUCAUGGAUUAAAUGCUCCAGCGUCUGCUGGUGGAGAAGCAGGGCAGUUUACACGAUCUGCCGGAUUUUUAGCUUACUAUGAGAUUUGUAUUAAACUUGCAAGUGGACAAUGGAAUAUUGUUCAUGAUCCUAAAAGAAGAAUGGGGCCAUAUGCUUAUAAUGGUAACCAAUGGGUUGGAUAUGAUGAUAUUUGGUCCAUUAGACAAAAGUCAGAGUAUGUAAAAUCAAUGAACUUGGGCGGUGCAAUGAUAUGGGCAUUGGAUUUAGAUGAUUUUCGUAAUAUUUGUGGUCAAGGGCAUUAUCCUUUGCUCACAACUAUUGUCAAAACAUUGGGACAGAGAAGAGAUAAUUAUCCUAGUACAUCUCCAAUGACUCCAGAUAAUGGUUCUUUGCCGUUAAUUACUGGAGCCUAUCCAAGCAUUGAAACAUCAACAGAAGAAUUGGUUUCAACUAAACCGCCAUUUACUCGUCCGACACCUCCAUCUUGGGUAACGUCCUCCACAAAACCAAUUUCUAAUCCUCCAACUCUCCCAACCAGACCAACGCGACCAACUCCACCUACAUGGCCAACACCCCCUAUUCGACCAACUCCACCUACAUGGCCAACACCCCCUACUCGACCAACUCCGCCUACAUGGCCAACACCCCCUACUCGACCAACUAAUACCACACCAAUUACAUCAACAAAUCUUUCAGCACCUGAAUAUUUCAAGGUUGUUUGUUAUUUUACAAAUUGGGCAUGGUAUAGACAAGGUGGUGGUCGAUAUUUACCCAGUGAUAUUGAUCCUUCAUUAUGCACACAUAUUGUAUAUGGGUUUGCAAUCCUCGAUAACGAUGAAUUAAUUAUCAAGGCACACGAUCCUUGGGCAGAUUAUGAUAAUUUCUUUUACCAAAAAGUGACAGAAUUAAAAAAAUUCGGUGCUAAAAUACUAUUGGCUAUUGGUGGCUGGAAUGAUUCAGCAGGAAGUAAAUACAGUAAAUUAGUUAACAGUCAAUUCGCUCGCAGUAAGUUUAUUAGGCAUGUUGUAUCUUUCCUAAAACAGAAUAAUUUUGAUGGUUUGGAUUUGGAUUGGGAAUAUCCAAAAUGCUGGCAGGUGGAUUGUACAAAAGGUCCAAGUAGCGAUAAAGAAGGAUUUUCAAAUUUAUUAAUUGAAUUAAGACAGGCAUUUAAUAAUGAAGGAUUUUUACUAUCAGCAGCUGUUUCACCUAAUAAAGCCGUAAUUGAUGAAGGAUAUGACGUACCAGUAUUAUCGAGAACGUUAGAUUGGAUAUCGGUAAUGGCUUACGAUUAUCAUGGUCAAUGGGACAAAAAAACGGGUCACGUAUCUCCAAUGUAUGCGCAUCCAGAUGAUUAUGACAUGAAAUUCAAUUCAAAUUUCACCUUGUACUAUUGGGUAAGUAAAGGUGCAGACCCUCGUAAGUUAGUUAUGGGCAUGCCAACGUACGGACAAUCAUUUUCGUUAGCUACAGCAAAAGAUAACGGAUUGAAUGUUCCAACGUAUGGUGGUGGUGAAGCUGGUGAGGCGACACGAUCACGGGGAUUUUUAGCUUACUACGAAAUUUGCUAUAGAAUAAUAAAACAGAACUGGCGUGUAGUUCAAGAUCCUUUGGAAACAAUGGGCCCAUACGCGUAUAGUGGCGAUCAAUGGGUAUCUUUUGAUGACCAAGAAAUGAUAAGAUAUAAAUCUCAAUUUGUAGUGCGUAAUGAUUUAGGUGGAGCAAUGAUCUGGGCAUUAGAUUUAGAUGAUUUUAAAAAUGUGUGUGGCUGUGAAACGUAUCCUUUAUUAAAAACUAUCAAUCGAGUAUUAGGCCGAAUACCAGAACCUGGCCCCGAUUGCUCUCUAGAUCAAAGUGAAAAUGAUAUUGAAACUAGGAUGUUAAAAAGUUUUAAUCCAGAUGACGCCAAAAUUCUUAUGUCUAACAAAAACCAAAACUGCGAGGAACCAUUAUUAAAAAGUCACCCCGAUGAUUGCAAUAAAUAUUUAAUUUGUCAAUUUGGUGAAAUUCAUGUACAAAGUUGUCCAGAUACUUUAUACUUCAAUAAAGAAAAUCAAUUAUGUGAUUGGCCAAGCAGCGUUAACUGCACUAUGAAUACAUUAAGUUGAAAGUUGAAUGUAAGAGUUUAAUGAGAUUUAAUUAUCAAGACUGAAUUUAUAUCACAUAUUGACUUAUGAAAUACUUAACUAUUGUUUAAUGGAAAUUUGUAAAAAAAUUAAUGUAUUUUAUUCAUUUUAUCUAUUUGGCCAUAUUUAUUAGGUUUAUUUUUCAAAAAGUUUUUAAGAUAAUUUUAACCUAUUUUCAUUUUAUUGCUGGAAUAUUAGUGAAGUAUGUACAUGAACUCUGUAUAACUAUAUGUUAGUUAUUAU